CGGGAAACGGCGCGCUCUCUGUGCAAAUCUUUUUCGAAGAUGGUUUUUACGGGUACGGAACUUUUUCGAAGAGCUGCCGAGGACUUUGGUGACAUUGUUUUCUAGAUCCAAUAGACUGAUGUUUUCCAAUUUUAUUUUUUUAACUAAAACAGUAUAAUUAAGUGAUUGUGAUUUUAGUGAUAAGUUUCCGUUGAACUAUUUUUCAUCAUGUUGGAUGACAUAAGUGAAACACAGGCAACAAUGCAAGCCGAUGAACUAGAAGCGGUAAUUUGUAAGAAGGUUGAAUUCCCCAGCGAAAUGACUUUUAAAAGUGAGGAUCUUAACCAUUCCAUAAUAAAAGAAGAACCACAAGUAGAGGACAUAAGUUCUGAGAUUGACGGCAUCAGAUACAAAGGAAUAAACUUGGAAGACGAUAUAGAAAAAGUUGAAGUUACUAGCCAUGACUCGUCGGACGAGACUGAGGAAUUUGGAAAUUCGCCAUCUCCCAAAGAGGACGAUCAAAAUGUAUUUAGUCAAAUCCCAACGCAGAGUCCUAAUGAAUCAAUUAAAAGUUGGUUGCAGAGGAUAACCGAAGUACAAAGUGAGAUGCAGAAGAAGUACUUUAGUGAAUUAGGAAACAGUGGACAAGUAGCAUCCAAUUCUGCAAUAAAUAAUUCCUUGAAUCCUGUGAACUCUUCUACGUCGACAAGUCAGAAUUCCAGCCGAGUUGUAAAAUAUCAAGACCUUCCGUACAUGGGCGAAAUGACAUUGGACAACUCAAAACCGCGUAGAGGAAGGAAACCGAAGAAAGCCGAUAUCUGCCACCUUAUUUAUAAAAAUUACGGAACCAUUUUUCCCGGAACUCCUAAUCCUGGAAAUUAUUUAGAAAAAGAUCCCAAUAUUUUUAAAAAGUCGGCUUUGAUGGAUAGUAAAGAGGAUAGUUUGAACAGAAGCGAUGUUCAGAACAGAAUAAUAUCUAGUUUACUCGAAAAAAGACUGACCCAAGAAUUUAGUAGAACUAAGGAUAUCAAAAAGAGUUCAAAAGAGGAAAAAUCGAACCAAGAUGAACCUCUUAAUCUUUGCAUAAGGGACCUUAAUCAUUUAAAAAUAAGACUGCUAAAGAAAAAUGACAAUACUUACACAUCAGAAAUUAAAUCAGAACCGCAUUCGGACGAUGACGUAGAGCUAAUUCAAGAAUCUCCUAGUCCGAAUUCAUCGGUGAUUGAACCACGAUUUCCAAUUCCUGAUGGGAAUCUGCCAAUUGAGCCGAUAGUUAAGGCCGUAGAUGGAGUACCUGGUCCGGGAGGAUACGUGUACUGGUCCAACGCUGGAGUCUUUAUACAUCCUAUUGCUUUACAACAGCAAUUGAUGAUGUAUCAAAGAAUGGCAUCCGGCAAUAGUUAUGUGCUACCAAAUAGUCAUAGCCCAAAACCUCCUUCCGAAACAAAUUCUAGUAGCAGUAAAGAUCAUGGAGUUAACGAACUGAGGAAAAUGGUACCAAGAGUCAUCAAACCUAAGCCUAGCUCUCCUAAAGUAAAUCGUGAAGAAGUUGCUUCUCCGUUGCAAGCUCCAGAUGCCAAAAAAAGAAAUGCUUCGCAUUCUGAAAACCACAAAUCGCCUACCAAAAGAAAACGGUCCGCUAUAUUUAUACCCCCAAUUCCACCAGAAAACAAUACUAAUCCAGCUACCGAAGUCAGUAUUUGUAAGUUUAAGUUUACUGGAGGUGCGAAACCUAGCUUACAGGAGAAGAAGAUGCUUUCAGUAGAUUCUGGAGGUAAUUUCAGGUACUACAGUGGUACUGGCGAUAAAUCAAUGAGAGGAUACGAGUUUUUUCCAAGAGAAACACUACAGCAACAAGUAAAUACAACACAUGGGUCAUCCACAGGUGCUUUUUUACAAGCUAGUGGAGAAAAGAUCUAUCCAACACCACCACCUGAUUUUCCUGGAGCCAAAACAAGUUCCGAGUUUCUUAUGAGUCCAGAAAUUCCCGCAGCAACUUUUACUACAGCUCAAUCGUCAAGCCAAGACCACAGUCAACGAAUGAAGAAGAGAAAAUCUCGAAAGAGCUUACAAAGGGAGAAAUUGGAGCAAACCUUUAAAGAAAAAGGUUUUUUAAUACAGACUCAGCAAACGGAGAGCGCAGAAGGGGCUACUUAUUGUAAAUUCAGGCAGCUUAGGAAGUUUACGAGGUAUUUGUUUAGAUCUUGGAAGGACUAUCUACCUGGCAACAUUGCUGAUGAACAGCAACAACAGCAGCAGCAGCAACAAGCAAAGAGUAGUAUCAGUGACGCCAAUGAAAUGUCCAUAGACAAUGCAGACGACAUAUCCGUGCAUUCUAGUGAAUUUUCUAAUGUAUGAAAACUUCAGCAUUUAAUAGUAUUAUUUUAAGAGCCGUGUGCAUUGGUGCUAUUUCAAUUAAUUUAACCAAAGAUUGAGUGGGUGUCUUAGAAUAUAACUAUGUUGGACUGCUGUGUUAACGUUUAAAAUAUAUUUAAAUUAUUUUUGAUUUUUUACCAAAUGGAAAAAUCAACCUAAUCUAGUCGUUACAGUGUUAUACUUAGUACCGUGUACUCUAAAUUUGUUAAUGAAAGUUAUAAUAAAAUUAUUUUUAUUUGAA